GGGAAAGGAACGACCUUAUUCUACAACGGUAAAACGAAUCGCAUAAAGCCUGGGUUACUAAACUACUGACUAGGUAUAUUUGCGGAACUAUUGACAACAACGUCAAACGUAUAGCGUUAAAAUUAUCUACUGGGAAACAGAAGUAGCUUGCUGGACCAAAAAGUUUUUUUCUCUCCCACCCCUUCCUUCCUACCUUCCUUCUUCUGGACCAAAACUACGCGGAGUUCUGGUGGAUCCACUGAAGUCACAGUGUCAAAGCACACGCGUUGCUAGUAUUUCACAUCCACAAAGUGAUCACAAUGAUCACUUGGAAAUGUGUCCCCUAUAUGUGACCUUAAUUAUAAACAAUUUACAUAAAAUAUAGCCUAGCAGUGCGCGCUCUCGGUGAAGCGCAGCAUCAGCACCAGUAACUGAUGCGCGUCCCCGCCCCGGCAGAGGCUACCCGAGAUCCCGGGAAGAGGAGUUGAAACUGCGCUAGUUAAAGUUGGGAAAAGGGGGGUGAAAGGAUGCUACCGUGCCCUGUGGAUAGGAGAACACAAUCUACGAUCUAAUUAACAUAGCAUGUGCGGAAACGCGUGUCCUCUGUAAAGGAUGAUUUGCAAAAUAUUGAGCAUAAUCCUUUUAUUUUGGGGUGUUCAAGAAUGCUCAUCACAUGAAUGUGUUGAUCCCUUGGUAUCUUCGCUCUAUGCCAACUCCUUCUUGGCCUCUUCCAGAUAUAACUUUUUGUACUCGGCCAACUUUGCCAAAUUGUAUGGGAGCAGUGGCUGGUCCCCGUCCCCCCGGGACAGACAGCCCUGGCUGCAGAUUGAUCUGAAGAGGAAGUACCGCAUCCAGGCCAUCGCCACCCAGGGCACCUUCAAUUCCUAUGACUGGGUCACCAAGUACACCCUUCUCUAUGGUGACCGCCCCGACUCCUGGACGCCCUACGUUAUGAAAGGAGGGAACUCGACGAUGCCUGGGAACUGGAACUACCACCAGGUGAAGAGGAAUGUGUUCCACUAUGCCUUCACAGCCAAACACAUCCGCCUCCUGCCCCUGGGGUGGAACACAGAGAAUGGAGGCAAGAUUGGUGUCAGGCUGGAGGUGUUUGGCUGUGCUUACGACUCCUACGUGAUGCAGAUGAACGGGGACGACUCGGUGGCCUUCAUGUUCCCAGGGAAGAGGUUCCGGACCCUGCAGGACCAUUUUGCCGUGAACUUUAAGACCCUGGAGCAGGACGGGCUGCUGCUACACAGUGAGGGAGUCCAGGGAGACAUCUUGACCCUGGAGCUGAGGAAAGGACGCCUCGUCCUCACCAUCGGCCUAGGAAGCAGUACGGUCAACCAGGUGGACGGUCGGACCACAAUGACCGUUGGCAACAUACUAGAUGACCAGCACUGGCAUUACGUCACCAUCAAGCGCUACGGUCGACAGGUCAACUUCACAGUGGACGCCCACACUGAGACGGCCAUUAGCAAAGGAGAUUUCACCUACAUAGACCUGGACACUCAGAUGUAUGUGGGCGGAGUGAUUGAGCCCAAUGUGCCCCACCUCCCAGAGGUUCCUAACUUCCGUGGCUGCCUGGAGAACGUCUUCAUCAACGGGAUCAACGUCAUCAACAUGGCCCAGGACCAGGAGCCUGAGAUACGCAUCCCUCGGCAGAAAAAGAUGCACUACGCGUGCCGUGACAUCCUAUGGAAGCCCAUGACCUUCGCCGGGCCCAACAACUACCUGCAGGUGCCUGGGUUCUUCAGGAAGCCUCGGAUGUUUGUCAAGUUUAAGUUCCGUUCCUGGGACUACACAGGCCUGCUGAUGUUUACACGCUUCGCUGACGACCUGGGAGCCUUGGAGCUGGGCCUGAGUGAGGGACAGGUCAAUGUCACACUCUUUCAGCCAGGCAAGAAGAAACUACAGUUCGCAGCAGGUUACCGUUUGAAUGACGGUUUCUGGCACACGGUAGACGUAGCAGCCAGGGACAACCUACUGUCCAUCACCAUAGAUGAGGAGGAGGGCUCUCCGCUGAAAAUCACCAACCCCUUCACUGUCCGCACAGGGGACCGCUACUUCUUUGGAGGGUGUCCGAAGACUAACAACACGAUCAGGAAGUGUGAGACCAAGCUGAACCACUUCCAUGGCUGCAUGCAGCAGAUCUUUAUCGACAACGAGCCGGUGGACAUCGACAUCAUCCUGCAGCGACGCUGGGGACGCUACGCUGAACUGUUGUUGGGCACCUGUGGUAUCACUGACAGAUGUACUCCUAACCCCUGUGAACACGAGGGCAGAUGCAUCCAGUCCUGGGAUGACUUCAUAUGUCUGUGCGAGAACACAGGCUACAAAGGGGAGGUGUGCCAUAUGUCGGUCUACAAAGAGUCGUGUGAGGCCUACAGACUUACUGGUAAAUCCUGGUCAGGGAAUUAUACCAUAGACCCGGACCUGAGCGGACCCUUGAAACCAUUCGAGGUGUACUGCACGAUGAAAUCCGACAAGGCAUGGACGAUAGUGAUGCAUGACCGUAUCGACGGUAUCAAGGUGACCGGUAGCACGGUGGACCGUCCUUACAUAGGAGAUGUCAACUACUGGAAUGCCUCCUGGGACGAUGUCACAGCACUGGCCAACACCUCCAUGUACUGUGAACAGUGGAUCGACUACUCCUGCUACAAGUCACGCAUCCUCAACACGCCCAAUGGGAGACCGUACAGUUUCUGGAUUGGUCGAAAUAACGAGAGUCACGAGUACUGGGGCGGGGCUUUCCCUGAGAGUGGGAAGUGUGGCUGUGCUAUCAACCAGACCUGCACUGAUGCCAGGUUUCACUGUAACUGUGACGCUGACUACCGCCAAUGGUACUCAGACAAGGGCUAUCUGAUGUGGAAGGACCACCUCCCAGUGAGGAAGGUGGUGGUGGGGGACACCAACAGGACAGGGUCAAAGGCCCACAUCAGCCUCGGGCCCCUACGUUGCCAUGGCGACAGGAGCAUCUGGAAUACCAUAUCAUUCACCAAGCCCACCUACAUCGAGUUCCCCACCUUCAGGCCAGGCAGCACCGUCGACAUCUCCUUCCACUUUAAAACCUACCGCCCCCACGGAGUCUUCUUGGAGAACUCAGAUGACUGGCUCCGUAACUUCAUACGCAUUGAGCUCAACACCACCCAGAACCUGGUCUUCAUAUUCAUGGUGGGAGACGGCAUCCUCAACGUGACGCUACGCUCGCCGGUGCCUCUAAACGACAACGAGUGGCACUUUGUCCAGGCAGAGCUCAACGUGAAGUUGGCCAGGAUCAAGGUGGACUAUCAGCCAUGGGCUGUGAGACGCUUCCCUGGCCAGACCUUUGUCACCAUGGAGUUCACCCACCCUCUCCUCGUGGGCGCAGCCAAUCGCACGCUGUGGCCAUUCCUGGGCUGUCUCCGAGGGUUACGAAUGAACGGUGUAACCCUUGACUUGGAAGGCAAAGCGAAUGAGGAACAGGGUAUACGGCGGAACUGUACGGGCCAGUGUCUGAACGCGACCAUACCGUGUCGAAACGCCGCCCAGUGUAUCGAGGGCUACGCCGCCUACACCUGUGACUGCGGCAACACUGCCUUCGACGGAUUCUACUGCCACAAAGACAUUGGAGCCUACUUUGAGAUAGGCUCGUGGUUGCGCUACAACAUCAGAAAGAAGCCUACGACCAAUGAGGAGUGGUGGGCUAACUGGCUGGACCCCCACUACCACAACUUCAGCCUGGGCUACAACGACACCAGUGAUGAGAUAGAGUUCAGCUUCAGUACCUUCCAGACGCCGGCUGUACUGCUCUACAUCAGCUCUUUCGUCCAGGACUACAUGGCUGUCAUCCUCAAGAAAGAUGGAACCUUAGACAUGAGGUAUAGGUUGGGGUUGAUUACCCACAAGUACCAGUUGUCCUUCAGGAACCUGGCAGAUGGAUACCCCCACUACGUCAACAUAACCAGACACAACAGGACCAUCAGGACACAGGUGGACUACAUGGAGCCGAUAGUGGAGAAGAUCACCCUAGUGGAGGACGGCAGGUUUGACUCGCCCAAGAACAUCUUCCUGGGGAGAGUGAUGGAGGUGGGUGACAUUGACUAUGAGAUCCAGAGGCAUAACAGUCCUGGUCUGGUAGGCUGUAUAUCUGGGGUGAGGUACAACAUCUACGCCCCUCUUAAGACCCUCUUCCGGCCGAACGAGACGGAACCGCCGGUCACCGUGCAGGGCUUCGUCUCCGAGUCUAACUGUGGGGCUUUCCCUCCUGUCCAUGGAUAUGUCCCCUGGGAGGCGGACCACUGGUUCACUUCUAUAGAAUACAUAUAUAUCCACGAUGACCUAGGCCUGUUUUGGUUGACAGUUGUCGUCGCCGCGGCCGUGAUAUUGCUGUUCAUAGGUCUGUACAGCAUCUACAUCUAUCUGUACCGGUACAAGGGCAGCUACCACACCAACGAGCCCAAGAACUUCCUGGAGUCUCCUGGAGGCAGCAGCUCCAGGCCCCUGACAGGGACCCUGGAGAAGAAGCGAUAUCCAGCGAUAGAGGAAGACUUUCGAAGUGACUAGCCUCAGGCUGCGGAACGGCGGGAGGGAGGAGGGGGUGGGAGGGAUUGAACGGUUUUGGGGCUUACAACAACCACAAUACCUGUUUAUGUUUUAUAAUUCCUUUAACUUUUUGAUUUACUUUUCGGUUUUUGUUUUCCUUUCCCCAGGUAUGUGUUAUCUUAAGCCUGGUGCUCGACGUAGUGUUGUUCUUCUCAUGUGUUCAUAGUUUUGCAGGCUUCGGAGAUCAAAUCAAGUCCGGAUUGCGUGAGUGACGACCGACCAAGCUCACACUGUAUUGAAGGGUUGACCAACUGAAGUGCCUCGACAGAGCAAAAUGAGAUCAGAAAUAACCCCAUGAGUUCAUUGAGGAUUUGAGACCUUGGGAAUUAGAUUUCACACGCAGUAACACGUAUUCAGCAGCCUCUUCUGGUUUGCAGGUCUGUCAUUGAGAUCACUUGAUAGAUCAAUGCCAUCGACUGUGUAACUCUUUCCGACCAUCCACUCUUGCAGCCGUUUCGAUAAAGCCAUCCAAACUAUCCCACUCGCCCCAUCCUUUGACUAGUGAGCCAGGAUCCACCACAGAGAGAUGCUGCAUCGGUGCAGCAACAACAACCGCAGCAACAACAACAACAACACGCACAAUCUGGCAUCUGCAAACAUCCUGCUUAACACCAAUUGAAGAAGCUAUAAAAAGCAUGGAGCUCUAAGCUUUGACAUGACAUAUCUAAAGAAUAAUGGAAGGCAUAUAAACAUAUAUUUGUUGUAUUGCAGCCUAUGAAAUUGCAUACCUAUACAAAAGAGGAACAUGUAUUAAUGGUUAGUUUCAUGAGAUAGCAGCUUGGCCAAUUACAGCUCUGCGAUUCCUAACCCGAUUCCCAAACCAAUCAAUGAAGCAGUCAUGUACGAUCAACAAAACAUACGGAAUAGAUGUGACAUUUGGCUCGGAAUAUAAGACGAUCGCCAAUAUUCUUGUUCAGAAUCCUCAGAGUAACAUGUGAAAUGGCUGGGUAGCCGUGGCAGUUUGACGUCUCCCAGCGGUAGUGCUAUUCGUGUUGGUGUGAGACUGGCCGUUGGUGCACUGCAGAAAAGGGAAUGGAGAUGUUGUACCAGGGACAGGACAACCUUAUUGCUAGUAAUCCUCAUUCCACGCUUCGUUUUCUGUUUGACUUCCAGUAGCGAGUGAACAUGCGGCUGAAAUCUGGGUGCUAUUUCAGAUUCAGAGGCCCCGGCGUGGAGGGGCCCCUACCAACAGCAGCCCUGUCGACCAGCCUGGUCAGGACUCAUUACAAAGGUCUUUACAGGAAAAGAGCUGCUCCGCAUGAACAUCCGGACAUGCAAACACACGCACGCACACACACACACACACACACACACACACACACACACACACACACACACACACACACACACACACACACACACACACACACACACACACACACACACACACACACACACACACACACACACACACACACACACACACACACACUGGCAUAUUGUGUAGAGGACCACAACAAUGUCAAUGCCAGUCUUGUACUUCUUCUCACCACACUAGACUAUUUUUGCAUCUGACUGCUCAGUAGGACAGUGCUGUGCUGUGCCGCCCCCCGCUGCUGUUGCUUCUUACCCACUGGGCACUGGCUGAAUCAACGUUGUUUCCACAUUAUUUCAAUGAAAUUACGUUGAACCAACGUGGAAUAGACGUUGAAGUGACAUCUGUGCCCAGUGGGUAGGUGCUUCUUAUGGUGCUUCUCUUCCUUUAGGUCCAAUGAUAUUUCCCUGUCUGGAAAGUCACGAUUUCAGGUUAGACGGUGGGUGAGGUUACGGUCAGGGAUGAUGUUCCCAGUAGGUGAAACGUCAUUGGACCCAUGUAAUGUGUGGCGUGGUAGCCAAAGCUUAGGUCUCUGACAUCAUCACCCAGCACCCUUUGACGCUCAAGCAGUAAUACAUCAUAGAAAAAAAGAGACAAAACAUAAGAGCAUUUUGAAAAUAUAUAGAGCAAAAAUAUAUAGAGCAUGAUGAUCGCACCUUGCAAUGAAAUGCAAUAAAAUCAGCCGCUUCCAACGCAGGUCACCUCAAGGUAUUUUUUGUGUCUGUUCCGUUCGCAGCAACUUGCAGCAGUUAGGAUCCUAGACAUAAUAUGUCUUACGUGAAUAUAUGAAUAAGGUGUUUAUCGACUUUUUUUCUUCAUUCCUAUGGUUUGUAUGAAACCGUUGAAAAUGAGUGGAGGCUGAGAGGUGUGAAUGUAAAAUCCUCAUCAUGACCCUGUCAUGUGGACAGGCUCUGCACCAAGACCUGCUCUGCUCCUCUCUGUGUGUGCUCUGUAUGAUAUGUACACUCAUUACACUGAAAACUAUUCAGCAUAGCUUCCUCACAUGUUCAGGAUGUGGACAAUACAGUACCCUCCCGAUGUUUCAGUAGAAAACAUCACAGAACAUAUUUCAACAUCUUUGGUUUUUAGCCUGUUAAGCCAUAUUUGUCAGAAUGUACCAUUUGAAAUAGUAUUAAUGUUAGCAUUGGGCAAUUAGAGUAGUAACAUGUUCCACCUCUGGAGCAAGAGGAAGGAUGUGUUUUUGUACAGAGAUGGACCUCUUACAGAGCUCAUAGUAGACCAGUCAACAACCUGGGUCAAAUGUGCUUUGAAGCCUUUUAGGGAAACAGUCGACUUAUUGAUAUAUUAUGUAAAUGUCUAAGCUGUGAUGCGUUUAUUUGAAAUGGACAGUACAUGUGCAUCCUGCCUAGCAUCACUGGCUAGUCCAUCCAUGCGUGGUCCCUGGAGUGUGUGUGAUUGAAUGUACAGUAGACGUGCUGGUUUGUGUGUUCACAGUUCUGUUUGUCACCUAACCCUCCCUAAUGAUGAUGAGGAUAGUCUCUGCACUGAUGAUGUGAAUGAGCCAACUCACUUGUUGUCGUCCACCAAUAGCAGAACAGUGAGCAGAUAGUGAUUGGGUGCUGUCCAGGCAGUCUCCUCCCUACCCGGAUGUUGCUCUACAGCUCUUGGUAAUCAGGUAAAGCCAGAACAUCUUCAUCAGGUCAAAAUAUCAGUAUUUUUAAGGAUGUGUGUAUGACCACAAACUUGACUACACUGUAUGACAGCCUCAGCUCUUAGAUCUGAGCUGAUUGGCAGUCUAUAGCAAGUUCCCUACCUUUCACUCUUAGAAAAAAGGGUUCUUUAGCUGUCCCCAUAUGAGAACCCUUUCCUGUAACCAAAAAGGGUUCUUCAAAGGGUUCUCCUAUGUCGACAUCCAAAUAACCAUUUAUGGUUCUAUAUAGCACCUUUUUUUUUUUUAAAUAGUGGAAUAUCAACUUAGCCGCGGAUAAACUUGGCCAUCCUUAUAGGGUGGCCGCCAGGGUGAGCAGCUAAGGUUCUCUGUGUAAAGGAGACUCAAAUUUAAUAAGGGGUUGAGGGAGUGAGCACAAGGGUGAAGGAGACAAGGAUUCUGUCCAUCCUAAAUGCAUGGUGUCAUCAUAUGACAGACUAGUGUUGUUCCCUACAGUGGAGGAGUGGCCUACAGACAGAGCUAGGGCAAGGCUAGAGAGAGGAGCAGGCAGGGGGGUCUAAGAGGGCCAGACCCCUCUGUGGGUCGCUACCCUAUAAAAUCUUGCAAGAGGAAGCACCAGACAGUUAGUGACUGUAUGACCUAAUGUAGCAGGUGUAAAAGCCCCACAUUUGGCUUUCAGGGGGAAAAGAAGCUAGGUUGAAGAUACUGUAUCCCUGAAAACCAGAUGUCUCAGGUUUCUUAAAACCCUGCUGAAGGUGAUCGACUGCAGGACUUUGUGUUUGUGACCACAUUGAAAUCGUGGAGUUUUUUUUUCUCCCUUUCUGUUAUGUGGUUUUGUUUUGUAAUAAGUUCACUGUAAAUGACCAUUACUAUGUUAAUCAAAGCAAAACCAAACUGACACUUCAAUAAAGAAUCCUGAAGGAAA